GAACUACAGUUAGUUGCCUGCUGGCUUUUGCGCGUCGCACGUAUCACUUCGUCAGAUUUUUCGAUUUGGCCGAGCAGAGAAGAGUGUAAUUACCAAACAAAGAAAUGCGCCUGGCUUAAAUUGAAUAAAUAAAAGCGCCUGCCGUGUGUGACAAUCACUUUGCCCACCCCCUUUGGCCAGAAAAGGAGCGCCACUAGCAGCGGAGGAAGAAGCAGCAGCAGCGCCACUAGUUGUAGUAGUCGAAGAAGAAGAAGGUGCCCACUGUGAGAGAGAGAGAGAGCGACCGAGACCGAGAGAGGACGAAGCAAAGACAGGGCUGUUCGACAACCAGGUGUUUACAUCCUGCUAUCCCCCAUCUGUGUGUGUGCAUGUCCGUCUGAGUGUGCGUGUGUGUGUCGUCAUCGAACAGCCGUUUAAAAUAUUGAAAUCCGUGCAAUAAACAAUAGUGUCUGUUCCCCUUCCAUAUUUAUUUAUUAUAUUUUUUUUUUUUUUUUAUUUUUUUCCCUGUGCCCCCCCUACGUGCGGUUAAUCGAACAUUGAAGUGCGAACGCGAAAUUGCGAAUUGUAAAAUUCACAAGCUGCCCAAUUCGAAGCCAAACGAAAUAUCCGUAGCCACAUCGCAACAGCAGAAUGGCCCCGGCUCUGAGCAAGUUGGCCAACAACCAGAGCGCCAUCGUCGGCGUGGCGGGCAUGACGGCGGCCAUCUGGAUAAUUGCCUACGGAAAGAUGUCCAACAAGAAGAGAAAACCUGGCUAUGAGGACAAGAUCCAGUACACAAUCGCCGAGAAGAAGGAGAAGAAGGCGGCAAAGGCGCACGUUAACUCAGUAUUCUUCAAACAGCUCCGCCAGUUGCUCCCCAUCCUCAUUCCCGGCUUCUGGAGCAUUGAGACUGGCCUGCUCUUCCUGGUGGCCGCCGCACUGAUUGGCCGCUCUGUUAGCGACAUCUGGAUGAUCCAGAACGCGACGGUGGUGGAGAGCACCAUCAUACACAUGAACCGCACCAAGUUCAAGACGGCGCUCCUGAAAUAUCUGACAGCUCUGCCAGCGAUCUCCGUUGUGACCAACGUCCUCAAGUGGAGUUUGGGUGAGCUGAAGCUGAGGUUCCGCACCAACCUGACACACCACCUGUACAGUCAGUACCUAAAUGGCUACACCUACUACAAAAUGUCCAACCUGGACAACAGGAUAGCCAACGCCGAUCAGCUGCUGACCACAGACAUUGACAAGUUCUGCGAGAGCGCCACGGACCUCUACUCCAACAUCAGCAAACCCGUGCUGGACAUCUUCAUCUACGUGUACCGCCUGACGGUGAAUCUGGGCGGCAAGACGCCAUCGAUUCUGAUGCUCUACCUGCUGUUCGCCGGCGUCUUCCUGACGCGCCUGCGCCGCCCCACUGGUCGCCUGACCGUCGAGGAGCAGAAGCUGGAGGGCGAGUUCCGCUAUGUAAACAGCCGGCUGAUCACCAACUCCGAGGAGGUGGCCUUCUACCAGGGCAACGUGCGCGAGAAGCUCACACUGCUGGCCAGCUACUCCAAGUUGCGUUCGCAUCUGCGCAAGUUCCUCGAGUUCCGCGUCAGCAUGGGCAUCAUCGAUAACAUCAUCGGCAAAUAUUUCGCCUCCAUUGUCGGCUUCUAUGCUGUCUCCAUUCCGUUCUUCUCCGAAAACCAUCCGCUGCUGUCCGGAGAACAGAGCGGCCAGCGCCUGCAGGCCUACUACACCUACGGACGCAUGUUGGUCAAGCUGGCGGAGGCCAUCGGACGCCUGGUGCUCGCUGGACGGGAGAUGUCCCGCCUGGCCGGCUUCACCGCCCGCAUGACCGAGCUAAUUAAGGUUCUGAGCGACCUCAACAAGGGCACCUACGAACGCACCAUGGUGAACGGCAACAACCUCGCGCAAAACGCCGUCGGAUCAGCGUCGAGCAACUUUGGACCAAACAAGGGCAUCAUGUGCUUCGAGGACAACAUCAUCCGCUUCGAAAAGGUGCCACUGGUGACGCCCAACGGCGAUGUCCUGCUGCAGGAGCUUACCUUUGAAGUGAAGUCUGGCACAAACGUACUGGUGUGCGGUCCCAACGGCUGUGGCAAGUCCUCCCUGUUCCGCAUCCUCGGUGAGCUGUGGCCAACGUGGGGCGGCAAGGUGACGAAACCCUCACGCGGCAAGCUUUUCUACGUACCUCAGAGGCCCUACAUGACGCUGGGAACACUGCGUGACCAGAUCAUUUAUCCGCACACGCGCGAUGACAUGCGUCGCCUGGGACACAGCGACGAGGAUCUCAUGCACUACCUGGACAUCGUGCAGCUGACCUAUCUGGAGCAGCGCGAGAACGGCCUGGACGCCAUCGAGGACUGGAUCGACGUGCUGUCCGGCGGCGAGAAGCAGCGCAUUGCAAUGGCCCGACUCUUCUACCACAAGCCGCAGUUCGCCAUUCUGGACGAGUGCACCAGCGCCGUCUCCGUGGACGUGGAGGGCAAGAUGUACAGCUAUUGCCGCGAGGUGGGCAUCACGCUGUUCACGGUCUCGCACCGCAAGUCCCUGUGGGCGCACCACGACUACUACCUCCAGUUCGACGGCCGGGGCAGCUACGAGUUUGCGACCAUCGAUCAGGAUAAGGAUCACUUCGGCUCCUAAAACUAGCAAAUCCCAUUCUUCCCCAAGCCCGAUGCCCGAUGACCACGACCAGAAGCUGCGCAGCCGCAACAUCUGUGCUGGCAAUUCGCGUUCCGUCUCAUCCCGCUCUAGCCUCUCCUCCUCCUCCAUAUGGUGCACUGUAUAUACCGAGAUUGUAUAUAUUGCAAGAUGGAAAUUCUUCCUUGUUUCGUUUGUGAUUGUUUCUUUUGUACGCUAUUCCACACUAUAUUCCGUUUUAAUAUAAUAUCCUCCGCUGGGAUUUUAGAUGUGUAACUCUGAGAAUCGAGCUGGUGUUAGUGAUGUAAGCGUAAAGUAGUCGGCGCAAAGCCACAUGCGAUGGAUGAGCGUUUAGAAAACCUUUUAGUAAAUAACACACCUAUACCUGUAGACCGCACAAGUCCCAAAUCGCGCAUAGAGAACUUAUAGUAUAUUGUAAACUACACUUGGCUUAUUCAAAUGUUUUGUAUUUUUGGUUGAAUUGGAAUUGGAAUGGAACCUUGCACGGCAACAAUGUAUUGCAUUAAACAGUGCAAGACGCAAUAAAUGUAUAUAAAUAUGAAAAAAAAAAAAA